AUGGACGACUUGUUCGGCACGCAGGACUCGCAGCACACCGCUGACCCGGCCAGCGACUUCCUCGCACGCGAACGCGAGCUGCUCGGCGCAGACGCUGGCCAGUUCGCUCACCCCACCGACUCGACCUCGCUCGACAAGGACUACGAACAGUCGGCUGCGGCGUUCCCUGACCUCGACGACGCGGGAGACGACGCGCUCGGCAGCUUCACGGGCGCACCCGUCCAGGCGAGUGGUGGAGCGCCCGCUCAGGUCGGGCACCAGGUGUCGGUGACGGGAGACAACGAGUUCGCGGCGUUCGAGCAGGAGUACCCCGAGAUCGAGCUGCCCAGCGAACAGCCUCACGAAAAUGGCAUGAACGGCAUCCCCCCAGCACCCUCUCCUAUCGGCCUUGCCGCUCCCGCUUUCAACCAGUCUGCAUCCGCAACUCCCGCUCCUCAGGACGAGGGCGAGAGCGAGUUCAUCAAGUCAUGGCGAGAGAAGCAGGCGCAGGAGAUCGCGAAGCGGGAAGAAGAGGCGGCGCAGAAGAAGGAGGAGACGAUCGCAAAGGCGCGCAACGCCAUCGACAACUUCUACAAGGAGUACAACGCGAAGAAGGAGAAGGCAAUCGCGCAGAACAAGGAGGACGAGGAGAAGUUCAAGACUGAGCUGUCCGACUCGCUCGCCAAGGGCACGACGUGGGAGCGCAUCUGCACACUGAUCGACCUCCAGGACUCGCGCUCGAAGACGACGACCAAGAGCAAGCAGGACUUGACUCGCUUCAAGGAGUUGUUGCUCAGCCUGAGGCGCGAGGGCGAGACAGCACCGGGUGCAGCAGGCUACUAG